AUUAGCACACUGAGAGAAGAAAGAGAGAGAGAGAGACGCAGAGCGGUGGAGCGACGUCGUUUUCGGUUUUCAGGCUUUGUGUUUCUGAUCAUGUCUUGGUGUACGAUUGAGUCCGACCCCGGGGUCUUUACCGAGCUUAUUCAGCAGAUGCAAGUAAAAGGUGUGCAGGUUGAGGAGCUGUAUUCAUUGGACAUUGAUUCUCUGAACAGUUUGAGACCAGUAUAUGGUUUGAUUUUCCUGUUCAAAUGGCGUCCUGGGGAGAAGGAUGACCGCCUUGUGAUUAAAGAUCCAAAUCCUAACUUGUUUUUUGCGAGUCAGGUUAUUAAUAAUGCCUGUGCAACCCAAGCAAUCUUGUCUAUCCUCCUCAACUGUCCGGAUGUUGACAUUGGUCCUGAACUGUCAAAACUGAAAGAGUUUACAAAGAACUUUCCACCUGAACUGAAAGGAUUGGCCAUAAACAAUAGUGAAGCCAUUCGUGCAGCCCACAAUAGUUUUGCAAGGCCUGAGCCUUUUGUUCCUGAGGAGCAAAAGGCUGCUGGAAAAGAUGAUGACGUCUAUCAUUUUAUAAGCUACUUGCCUGUUGAUGGGGUCUUGUAUGAGCUUGACGGACUGAAGGAGGGACCCAUUAGCCUUGGACAGUGCCCUGGUGGGCAAGGUGACAUGGAAUGGCUGCAGAUGGUGCAGCCUGCAAUCCAGGAACGGAUUGAAAGGUACUCCAAAAGCGAGAUAAGAUUCAAUCUCCUGGCCAUUAUUAAGAACAGGAAAGAGAUGUAUACUGUUGAACUUAAGGAGCUCCAAAAGAAGAGGGAGCGCAUUUUGCAGCAGCUAUCUAUCUUACAGUCGGAGAGACCGGAUGAUGGUAGCAAAUUCCAAGCGCUCAACAAAGCCCUUUCAGAAGUAAAUGCGGGGAUUGAGGGUGCUACCGAGAAGAUCUUGAUUGAGGAAGAGAAGUUUAAGAAGUGGAGAACAGAAAACAUCCGCAGGAAACACAACUAUAUACCCUUUUUGUUCAACUUCCUCAAGAUUUUGGCUGAGAAGAAGCAGCUGAAGCCUCUGAUUGAGAAGGCGAAGCAGAAGGCAGGCAACCCUAGGUGAAUGUGAAUGAUGCUUUUGCUAACUGUACUUUGUAUUGGCUCUGUGGAUUGUUUCUCUUCAUGUGUCGCUAGUAAUUUUCGGUGAACCUAUAUAUUUUGUAGGUUAUCAAACUUUAUUUAAUUUCGGUAAAACAUUUCCUCGAGGAUACUUGUUUUCACUUCUUUAGGCCAAGAAGCAUGUGGAAUAAUCAAUUUCUCAAUGUUUAGUCACUCUCUCCUUCAAG